AUGUGGGCAGAGGAACAGUGGAAAAGUUUGAUUGAAUUUUCGGAUAGAGGAACUCUACGGGCUGGUUGGUUAGUUCCUAGCUCGGGCCUGACCGAUGCCAAGAGGAAGAAUGGCUUCGCUAACGGAAUUCAUGUUGCGACACAGAGAAAUUACAGCCGCGCUCAUGUCCGAAAUGCGCAGACUGCUCAGGAUUUGCUUUCCCAACCUCACGAGACUCAAAAUGAGACUGAGGGUGGAAGGAUUUUGAAGAGAUCACGCACUGCAGAACACUGUGGCACAGGCGCUAGUACAAAUUGGACGCCAGGCGAUGGAAGAUGGAAAGAAGAAAAAGAAAGACUCGAACCUUAUGGCAUUGUUGACAAAAGGCUCAUCCUAUCAGCGUCGUUUACCCCGCGGACCCAGAACCCGAAUCAGGCUUGA